UGUUGUAGUUCUUGCCUGUCAGUACAGACUACACUAAACGAAAAACCAAACAUGGAAAAAGAGGGAUCCAAAGAUGUCUUGCCCAAAGCACCUGCGCUCUGUUCUCAAAGAUGGAACCUGGCUGUUAUGUGUGCGUUUGGCUAUCUCAUCGUGUACGUCACUCGUGUGAACCUGAGUGUGGCCAUCAUCUGCAUGGUGCGCACGCCACUAGUCAACGUCACUUCCGUGGAUCAAAGAAUCUUGGGUAAACAUGGACUUUCCCUUGAUAACAGCACUACUUUUGCCAGUGUGACUGCAGACAACAUGGCAGUGGAGGAGGAGGAUAUCUCCGAAAGUGACUGCAGUUUGGAAAUGUUAAAAUCUGGCUUCACUUCAAACAAUGGCGAAUUUGACUGGGAGAAAGGGACUCAAUCUCGCCUUUUAGCACUUUACUUCUAUGGGUACAUUUUCACUCAAAUUGUGGGCGGCUGGCUGGCCGGUCGCUACGGUGGGCGGCGUGUGUGGGGGUGUGUCAAAGCAUCUGUGCCCUCAGUACCCUGGCCACGCCCCUGGCUGCACGUGCCCAUGUCUACCUGGUCUACGCCCUCAGGUUUCUCCUGGGACUAGCUGCGGGUGUGACAUUUCCCACCUCUUACACAAUGAUCGGCAGGUGGGCGCCGAAGCUGGAGAGGAGCAAAAUAACGACUUUCUGCUUCACUGGUCUGUCAUUGGGGAACGUUCUGACUUUCACUCUAUCCGCCCUUCUGUGUGUCUACGGAUUUGACAACGGAUGGGCUCCAUAUUCUACCUCUCUGGGUUAGGGAACCUUCUGUGGGUCGUGGUGUGGUUUGUGGUGACGGCAGACACACCGACUAAACACAAGUGGAUCAGCGAGGCUGAGAAAAACUACAUACUGCGCUCCAUCGGCGAGACACCCGAGGACAAAGAAAUAUUGCCGACCCCAUGGAGAGCCAUCCUCACCUCCGCUCCUGUGUGGGCUUGUAUUAUUGGUCAGAUGUGUGGUGCUUACACUGCCUACACCCUACUGACGUCACUUCCUGCUUUCAUGAAGGAGGUGUUGAAAUUUGAUAUCAAGCAGAACGGGGGUCUGUCGGCCCUGCCCUACCUCUGUGAGACUGUGGUGGUACUCGUGACGGGGCAGGUGGCGGACAGGUUGAGAGAGAGGGGCAUCCUCAGCACCAAGAACACCAGGAAGCUCUUCCAGAUUACAGCGAAUGUUGGCUCUGCCAUAUGUCUCAUUUCUGCUGGCUACAUGAACUGUACUCAGAGACCCCUGGCGGUGCUUUUAUUGUGCCUUUGCUUAUCUUUCAUGGGCCUGAGACGCGCAGGCUACAGUUCCAAUCACAUUGACCUCGCACCUAGGCAUGCUGGAGUAAUUUUUGGCAUCGCCAACACGGCGGGCACUGUUCCUGGAAUGAUCGCCCCGCUAGUGGUGGGAGCCUUGACCCCCAACAGAACAGCUGAAGAAUGGCGACGAGUAUUUUUUGUGUGCGCUGCGCUGUCUCUACUGGGGACCAUCGUGUACGGCAUCUUCGCGGACGGAGAGCUGCAGAGCUGGGCGGCCCCUCCUGUGGAACUGGUUAUUAAGGAAUGUCAGGAGGUCAAAGGUGGAGACAAAAACCACAAUGAUGAGACUCACGAGAAUCACAAAAAUCCAGCGUUUGAACCUUCAGACUGCGACUGUAGAGAUAUUUCUCCAGAGGAGGCUACUUCAAACACCGCCGAAGGUUUACAUUCUCCUCAAAAAGUCGAAGCACAAAAUUGAUCAACUAUAUUUUCUUGUUUACUGUAUACAACAAGAACAAAUUUAAUGAAAGGUUAUUGAUCUGUGGAAAGCACAUACGUCCGUUACGGACUAUGUUUGCUUCCCUAAGUAAAUCCAUCAGUAGGUAUUUUCAGAAAUUCAAAAAAUGUUAUCGGAAAGACACACACACAUCUCAAAGAUCUUACCCCCUUCCGCUACAAUUAUAUGCAUCCAUAUACAGUGAUACCUCGGUUCUCGAACAUAAUUCGUUCCGGGAGGACGGUCGAGAACCAAAUUGUUCGAGAACCGAAGCAAUGAAACCCAAAGGAAAUAAUGGAAACUGGAUUAAU